UGCUAAAGGAGGAGGGCAAGAAGAAACGUGGGAUUUACACCCGUGAGAAAGAUCUAGUUGAGGGAGCAGCUUCAUUUUACGCCACCCUAACCACAGGGUGUUUUUAUUGUGGCAGGACAAUGUUGGAGUUAAGUUACGUGUUUAUUAUACUUUUUCUGUGCUUUUUCUUGAUCCAGUUUGUAAAGCUACAAGAAAGAAAAAGACAUUAUCCUCCUGGACCGGAUCCUAUACCUUUUCUUGGAUGCUUAUGGCAGCUGAAAUACCUCCAAUUUUCCCGUGAAGUUCUGGCUGAGGCCGCAAAAUCCUAUGGGGACAUCUAUACUUUGUGGCUUGGACCCUUCCCUGUGAUUAUGUUGAAUGGAUUCCACGCAGUGAAGGCUGGUCUCACCACUCACCCAGAUGAUGUUGCGGGCCGUCCAGUCCUCCCUUUUUUCAAAGCUCUGGCAAAUAAUAAAGGUAUUUUACUGUCAACUGGCAGUACAUGGAAACAUCAGAGACGCUUUUCCCUGAUGACUUUGAAGAACCUGGGCCUGGGGAAGAGAAGCCUGGAGUACCAGAUCCAAGAGGAAGCCUACCACCUGGUGGAAAACUUCAGAGCAACCAAAGGAAAGCCGACGAACCCUUCCUUUGCCCUCACUCUCGCAGUAUCAAAUGUGAUUUGUGCUGUGGUCUUUGGACAUCGCUUCUCCAAUGAGGACGAAACUUUUCACCAGCUGCUGGAAGCCAUGGAGCCUAUAUUUAAAUUUGGUGGCAGUCUCCCACACUUUAUUUAUGAUUUAUUUCCUUCACUCAUGAGCCAUAUACCAGGAUCUCACCAGAAGGCACUGUCAGCCAGAGACUUUGUGUGUUCGUUCAUAAAGAGGGAGAUCAACAAACACCAGGACAUGGUUGCCACAGAUGAUCCACAAGACUUCAUUUAUUCCUACCUUGCACAAUUAGAGAAAAUGGAAGACCAGUCUAACCCACCUUAUGAUGAAAGCAACAUGAUCCAGAGUAUAUUUGACCUCUUCUUGGGCGGGACAGAGACAUCCAGCACCACCCUUUAUUGGACAUUGUUGUACAUGGUGCUUUAUCCAGACAUACAAGCCAAAGUUCAGAAGGAAAUAGAUGCAGUCAUAGCUCCUGGGCAAACGAUCUGCUACGAAGACCGCAAGAGCUUGCCUUAUACCAAUGCUGUGAUUCACGAGAGCCAGCGUUUCAGCAACAUUAUAGCCAUUGGCCUGCCCAGGUUAUGUGUGAAGGAUACAAUGAUCCGACAAUUUUCAAUUAAAAGGGGUACUGUCAUUUUCCCAAACAUAGCUUCUGUCUUGCAUGAUCCCAAAGAAUGGGAGACACCUCUCCAGUUCAACCCAGGCCACUUCCUUGACAAGGAUGGGAAUUUUAUCUGCAGAGACGCCUUCAUACCAUUUUCUUUAGGGCAUCGAGUGUGCUUGGGAGAAAAUCUAGCAAAGACAGAGAUGUUCCUGUUCUUCUCCAAUCUUCUGCAGGCGUUCACCUUCCACUUGGCAGAAGGAACCAAAAAUGUGAACACGACACCUGUUUGGGGGGGAACUUUGCAGCCUCACUAUUUUGAGAUCUGUGCUAUUCCUCGCUAGCCCUUGCAUGUUGUGGUUCCAUGUGCCUGUGUUAGUAUGGCCAGAAAGAUGAAGAGACACUUGAGAUUUCAGGGCCAAAACUAGGAAUCUGGCAAUGCCACCUGAGGUGGGCUCCAAAGACAUUAGAGAUGGUAGCCCCAAAGGAGGUUUCAAGGGGGCAGGACCUGGUGAGGGCAUUCAGCUUCAUCAACCACAGCUGUUCUGGAAUACAACAAAAGGACAAGAAGUUUCGCAAAUGGGAAAUAAAUAUCUAAGUGCUGGUUAAGUCUUUCAUGUUUUGCAUUGACACA